GAACUAUUUUAAGCCUCGUUUUAGACCAUCCAUACAGUAAGGCGGAACUUAAUCUAGAACCUUGGUUGAAUUUCCCAAUUCCGCAUCUAUUCAACCAUAAUUCUCAAUACCCUAGUACCUUGUCUUGUUUCUUGCUGGCGAUUAAGAAUAUCAAUUUCUGGAAACAAUCUUCACUUUGCUUACCGGGAAUUUCGAUAACGAGUCGUCCAAGAUGACGCGUCCGCGGCGCUCAUCGGCCGCCAGCGAGGAGAGUACCGGGACGGCCGGUGAUCAGGAGCUCGGGAGCAUGUACGAUUACCUCGCCAAGAUUAUCUUGUUGGGACCUAGUGGCACAGGAAAGUCGUGUCUCCUUCACCGCUUCGUCAAGAACGAAUGGCGAGUCCUCUCUUCACAAACAAUCGGCGUCGAGUUCGCGAGUAAAAUCAUCAAAGUCGGGACGGGUGCACGGCGGAAGCGGAUAAAGUUGCAGCUAUGGGAUACGGCAGGCACCGAACGAUUCCGCUCCGUCUCACGAUCGUACUACCGAGGCGCCGCCGGCGCUAUUCUAUGCUACGACCUCACAUCGCAUAACUCGUUCCGAGCAUUACAACCCUUCCUAAACGAUGCACGAGCGCUCGCGUCUCCGAAUUUGACUAUGGUAUUAGUGGGAAACAAACUUGACCUAGCAAACGACACUCUCGUCGAUACUAGUCUACCGCCACCGACGCCAUCGAGUACGAGUUCUUCCCUACCGUAUAGCACAUCCGCCGGUACAACGAGCGCUAGCACUAGUCUCGGUACACAAAUGAAAGCCACCGUCGCACCCGAAGGCCGCGAAGUAUCCACAACCGAAGCUUCGCGGUGGGCCAGCAGCAUCAAUGUACCCGUAACAAUGGAGGUCUCCGCCUUUUCCGGUGAAGGCGUAGACGAGAUAUUCGGCCGCUUGGCCCGCAUGAUCCUAACUAAAAUCGAGCUAGGCGAGAUCGACCCGGAUGAUCCGAUGAGCGGAAUCCAGUAUGGCGACGGUGGUAUGUGGAAUGCCGGGGCUAGCGACGGGGGUAGUAUUAAGAGCUCGAUGACGGCGGAUGAAGUGGGUCUUGGAGGCAUGAGGAGACGGCGCGGGAAGGGCAAGGGUCGGUCACAGAAUUGGGGUAUGAGGGAGUGGGAAGAAGUGUUUACGUUGAGUCGAGGUAGAGGGAGGGGGAAUUGCUGUUAA